ACGGCGAUAGGAUUACACUAUCGGUCACACCAUACGUGUAUAACCGCGUAAGUCCAAGGUGAGACGAAGAUAAGUAUAUCGACCUUUCCCAUCCUCUAUCUGUCUCUACUACUAUCUACUCAAAGCAACAAGACAAGCCUCACUCGAAAAGGGAUCUAACGAACAUUACCACGUUACCAACAACCAACCACGGCCAAACCCAGCUUCAACAUCAUCAAGCAUGUAUUUCACGCAGAGCCGCAUGUCGAGCCGCAGCAACUCCAGCUCCAGCUCCAGCUCCAGCUCCAGCCCCUCGCCCGACCCGCUUCACCAGAUGACGGUACCCAUCGCUCCACGCGAGGACGACUUUGCCAUGUCAGAGGAAGUUCGACGAGCUAGGAUGCUUGCGAAGUGCAAGAGGGCAGAAAAGCGCCCGUGGCGUGAUGCUCGUCCCUUGCCAAGAGUGGCUAGUUGACAUUCAGUGGGGGUACUCUAUGGAGUACAAUCGGGACGAGCGUGUGGACAUCGUUGACCUUCUCUUCGUCGGCAUAGUGUUGCUCGUUACGAUCUUCAGCAAUACAUGGAGGACCUGCUAUGGACGACAACCGGGUCAUUUGCUGUGCUUCACUUCACCGACCAACUGGAACGGCCGUGUUCUCACGCAAACUGAUCGUAUGCUUGAAGUGCGGCAAUGGCGGUCCUUCAAACAUAUGCACCCUACAACCUCAAUACAUUUACGAAUGAGCAGAUUGAGAGGUCAUAUCUUCUGAGUGGUAACGGCGCCAGAGAUGCACGUAAGAGUCACGGUGGAUGUUUUUGGCAUGCUCAUUUGACACCAGUCGUAAGGAGGCUUCACAGCAACCACACUCAAUCUGCACUUUGGCUGCGAUGAUUAGUGCCGGGAACGACUGUGGAAGAGUGCUCGGCUGGCUUCCACAAUGAUGUUAGAAAGAGAAGUGUAAUCCUUGGCCAUAUGAAUGGAAGAAGGAAAACAAUGUAGCUUGCAUUUAUUACAGUAGUACGAAGAAUAUAUGAUACGCCACGUGUCGUGACCCGCUCUCC